GAUUGUUGCCCCUGCAACGAUGUUGACCCAGGUUCACCCCACCCAAUGACAUGCUCGUACGGCGCCAAAAUCGCAGACGGCCCUGCCGACCUGCGCAGCUGCCCGUUCAAAGCCCAACCUGCUGCAUCGACUCGACACUUUGCAAAACCAGGCAUCUUUCCCGCCCUCCGCAACAAUUUAUCCUCACCGCGCGCGCUAUAUCAGUCUCUUUUUUUGGGAAGCGGCAAGCUGUCGACGUCGAAGAGCGUGGUCGAGAGCUCACUCGCAGGGCGUCCGCGCGUCACGCAACCCCUCCUCCCGCCAGGGCCCUUGCAGCGCGACGUAACACCUUCGUCCUCGCCAAGGCAGCUGGUGCCUGUCCCGUGUCGCCAACGCCUCAGCAAACGCAUUCGGAGCGAUGGCGAGCUUCAUGGCUAACUUCUUCCCGGGAGGCAAGGAUAAAUCGUCCAGCGAAGCCUCCGGCCGCCCCAGCACUCCCGUCAAAAAGGGCAACAACAACAACAACGCGUUUCUCAACCCGCCCAACACUCCCCAUGGCAGCCCUAGCAAAAAGACAAUUCCGCCCGGCGCUCACGAUCUCCCAAGUGCCUUUGACAGCGCCAUGACUCUCAACCCACCUGGCAUCGAAGCUCCCCUGCGAUUGAGUCGCCCCCAGACUGCGGCGGCGCCGCUGUCGCCUGGCAAGACCAACACACAACCUCUGGACGAGUCCAGCAUCAAUGUUGACGAGAGCGUCAUCCACAAGACGCCUGUAUCGGGCAGCCCGCUGAAGAAGCAGGGCCAGGAAAACACACCUCCUACGUCGCGACUGGCGGGGACCGACUCUCCGCAUCAGCACAACCAUGCUGCUGUCUCUCGCCAGCAGCUCUAUGAGCCUCGAGACCGCCCUGUGACUCCAGCCGCGAAGAAGUUCAACACCUCCCGAGGCUUGACCGCCGAGGAGAGGGAGAUCCUCAACAAACCAAACGUCAAACGACUUGUUAACGUGACCCAGUUGUACUUUCUAGAUUACUAUUUCGAUCUCCUUACAUAUGUCGGUGCUAGACAAAAUCGACUUGCUGCGUUCAAGUCCGAAUAUCCUCCCCCGCCCCAGACGGACGAACACACGCAUAACCAGAUGUGGACAAAGUAUGCAGGGCGGGAGCGAGCCAACCUCCGCAAGCGGCGCGUCCGACUCCGACAUGGCGACUUCCAGAUCUUGACUCAGGUUGGUCAAGGUGGUUACGGCCAAGUGUUCCUUGCCCAGAAGAAGGACACGAGGGAGGUCUGUGCGUUGAAAGUCAUGAGCAAGAAGCUGCUCUUCAAGCUCGAUGAAGUCCGCCAUGUCCUCACUGAGCGAGACAUCCUCACGACGGCGCAGAGCGAGUGGCUGGUCCGUCUCCUGUACUCCUUCCAGGACGACAAGAGUAUCUAUCUUGCCAUGGAGUAUGUUCCGGGCGGCGAUUUCCGCACCCUGCUUAACAACACGGGUGUCCUGUCCAACCGACAUGCCCGGUUCUAUAUUGCCGAGAUGUUUUGUGCCGUCGAUGCGCUGCACCAGCUUGGCUACAUCCACCGAGAUCUGAAACCCGAGAACUUCCUUGUGGAUUCGACCGGCCACGUCAAGCUCACAGACUUUGGUCUUGCCGCAGGAGUGUUGGCACCGUCGAGAAUCGAAUCGAUGCGCGUCAAGCUUGAGCAAGCGUCAGAAACUUCAGUACCCUUUGGAAAACCCAUCGAGCAACGAACCGUCGCUGAGCGUCGAGAGAGCUACCGUAACAUGCGCGACAACGAUGUCAACUACGCCAAGUCGAUCGUUGGGUCGCCAGAUUACAUGGCGCCCGAAGUCCUUAGAGGGGAAGAAUACGACUUCACCGUAGACUACUGGAGCUUGGGUUGCAUGCUUUUCGAGGCGCUUACGGGCUUUCCACCCUUUGCUGGUGCCACUCCGGAUGAGACGUGGCGAAACCUGAAGCACUGGAGGGAAGUGCUGAAGCGGCCCGUCUGGGAAGACCCUAACUACUUCUUGAGCAACCGCACCUGGAAUUUCAUCACCACGUGCAUCAACUCCCGCACCCGGCGAUUCUGCAACAUACAGGAUAUCUACAGCCAUCAGUACUUUGCAGAAGUCGACUGGAGCACUCUGCGCCAGACUCGGGCACCUUUCGUCCCUGAGCUGGACUCAGAGACGGAUGCUGGCUACUUUGACGACUUCAGCAACGAGGCCGACAUGGCCAAGUACAAGGAAGUCCACGACAAGCAAGCAGCGCUUGAGUCGAUGGCUGAUCGUGACGAUGAGAUGAGCAAGAGCCUCUUCGUCGGGUUCACGUUCAGACACCGCAAACCCGCCGGUGAGGAUGGUGGCAGCCCGCGCAAGAGGAUCCAGACAACGGAUCCAGAUACUUUUGGAACGAUGCUCUAGACGAAGAGGACCAAUUUCAGUCAGCUUCUUAGGCAAGAGCUUGGUUUGCUCGGCCGUGAGUACCCGGUCGUUUCGUUACGGCUCUUCCUGUCCUUUUUCUUGUCUCAGAAGAGGGCUUUCGCGAUGCAUGCUGGCAGUCAUUGCUUAUCGUAAUGUGCAUGGCACGUUCCCUUCUUUCCUGCUUCUUUUGCCUCUCUUCUUUUCUCUUUUCUCGUAUUCUACUCUUUCCUCUGCGCUGUAUACAUGGCCGGGCAGUGUCCGCGCGCGUGGCGCUAUCAUGGAGGGAGUCGCUGCUGCCUCCGCGGUGUCGGCCGGCAAAUCUCGACAAAUGGGCAGGCGGGGAGUUUCUAGACUGAAUGGAUGGAUGGAUGGAUGGACGGGCUUUGGGUCAGGCGGGCAUUGUUGUCCUCUCGGUAUCUUAUGUUCAUUACGCGAGGGAGUCUGGUGGGGUGGAAGAAUACAUGUAUCAUGUUCAUGAACCGCGUGUUUCUUGCUUGUGCGUAUCUGUGGAUAUGUAUAUAUGUGUGCACAGCAUAUCCCGAAUCGUAGCUCGAGGACCAGAACAGAACAGGCAGACCACACAACCCUAGCCAACCGCUUCGUUGCUAGAGGCAUCACCCAGCAAAAAGAUACGGGUC